CUUCGCGACAAAUUUCUGGCUGGAUCAAGACCUGCAAAGAUGAGUGUCCCACGCGCGAGGUUGUUGGACCUCAUGAAGGCCCAAUGCGAAGUCUUUGCGACAGUAUACAACCCCGAGGCUCUGAGGACGGGAAACAAGAUCCUGCGCCAACGAUUGAAGGGACCUGCCAUCGCCGACUACUACCCACGCAAGGUUGUGACGAUUAAGGAUGUGCAGAGAGAGUUUGGACCUGAGGUUCUAACCCUCGACCUGGAAGAGAUGGAUCGCUUGGAACACAUUGCUGGGUACGUCAUGGGCUGAAGGGGGCGAAGGAGCUACCGCUAACGCCUGAACAGACUGAAGGCCAGAGGAAAGAGCGCGCCGAAAAAGAA